AUGCAUGCAGCAGAACAUAACAUCCCCAUGCAUGGUAGAAACACAUUGACCUACACCUGUGGACUGUCCUGCCCCCCUCCAUCUACACCUGCGGACUGUCUCACCCCCUUCCAUCUACACCUGCGGACUGUCCCACCCCCUUCCAUCUACACCUGCGGACUGUCCUGCCCCCCAUCCAUCUACACCUGCGGACUGUCCCACCCCCUUCCAUCUACACCCUGCGGACUGUCCCACCCCCCUUCCAUCUACACCUGCGGACUGUCCCACCCAAACCCCCUUCUUCAUCUACACCUGCGGAACUGUCCCACCCCCUUCCUCGACACCUGCGGGACUGUCCUGCCCCCCUCCAUCACAACCUGCGGACUGUCCCUGCCCCCCCUCCAUCUACACCUGCGGACUGUCCCCCCCCCACUUUCCAUCUACACCUGCGGACUGUCCCACCCCCUUCCAUCUACACCUGCGGACUGUCCCACCCCCUUCCAUCUACACCUGCGGACUGUCCCAACCCCCUUUCCAUCUACACCUGCGGACUGUCCUGCCCCCAUGCCAACUACACCUGCGGCCUGUCCCCAUCCCCCUUCCAUCUACACUGCUGGGACUGUCCUGCCCCCCUCCAUUCUACACCUGCGGACAUGGUCCCCACCCCCCCCUUCCAUCUACACCUGCGGACUGUCCCACCACCCGUCCAUCUACACAACUGCGGACUGUCCCACCCCCCCUUCCAUCAUACACCUGACGGACUGCCCUGCCCCCCUCCAUCUCACACCUCGGGACUGUCCCACCCCCUUCCAUCUACACCUGCGGAUCUGCCCUAGCCACCCCACCAUCUACACCUGCAGGACUGUCCCACCCCCCUUCCAUCUACCACCUGCGGACUGUCCCCACCCCCUUCCAAUCUACACCGGCGGCUGUCCCACCCCCUUCCAUCUACACCUGCGGACAGUCCCAACCCCUUCCAUCUACACACUGCGGACUGUCCCACCCCCUUCCAUCUACACCUUGCGGACUGUACCCACCCCCUUCCAUCUUCACUGCCCCUCCGGGACUGUUCCCGCCCCCCCUUCCCAUCUACACCUGCGGACUGUUUCCCACCCCCCAUCCCAUCUACACCUGCGGGACAAUGCCCUUGCCCCCCCCUACCAUCGACCACCUGCGGACUGGUCCCACCCCCCUUCCAUCUACAGCCUGCGGACUGUCCCUACCCCCUUCCAUCUACAACCUGCUGCGGACUGUCCCCACCCCCUUCCAUCGACACCUGCGACUGUCCCCCCCCUUCCAUCUACACCUGCGGACUGUGUCCCACCCCCUUCCAUCUACACCUGA